AGAGAGAGAAAGAGAGAGAGAGAGAGAGAGAGAGAGAAACGUGGUCUUAUACUUCACUUUUAAACCCGGUUAUACACUUACACAGAGACGCUUAUAGGUUAAUGCUUAUUAAAGUUCAAUAAACUGUACUGUAGUCGCACUAUAGACUCGUUUGUGUAGAGAACUUUGCUGGUUUGAACUUGUUGGUGAGACUUUUGAAGUUUGAGAGAGCGCGUGUGUGAGGAGUGAAUCCUGUCCUGUACAGAAGUGAGUUGUUUGGAGAUAGACUGAUAGAUCAGACGGUGUAAAGAUGAGCGCAGUGAGCUGUACAGAUCAAACUCCAGCUUUUGAAAAGACAUGGGGCAGUUCCACCAGCAGCGGUUACUGCAGUGAGGAAGAGUCCGACCCUGAAUUCGAGCAGUACUUCACCGCCCGAACCUCCUUCUUUCGCAAACCCACCAAAAAGAAGGAUGAAGUCACUGAGGCGAAGAAACCAGAGCUGUCAGUCACAGAGAUUCAGCAGAAGAUAAAGGAGUAUAAUGCUCAGAUAAACAGCAACCUCUUCAUGUCAUUGAACAAAGAUGGCACCUACACUGGUUUCAUCAAGGUUCACCUGAAGCUGGUACGACCCGUCUCUGUCCCACCUACACGCAAGGGUACUGUGUCCAAGGAAACAGCCAAUGGAAAAAGAGGAGGUGCAGUGAAAAGGCGCACGUCCUUUUACCUUCCCAAGGACACGGCCAAACAUCUGCAUAUUAGCUCCCGAACCCGUGCCCAGGAAGUGAUCCAGGCCUUGCUGAAGAAGUUUACAGUCAUCGACAAUCCUGCCAAGUUUGCACUGUUUGAGCGCACCGAGCGCCACGACCAAGUGUACCUGCGAAAACUGCCUGAUGACGAGUGUCCACUGUACCUGCGCCUCUGUGCUGGUCCCAACGAGAAGGUGCUGAGCCUGGUACUGAAGGAGAAUGAGACGGGGGAAGUCAAUUGGGAUGCCUUCUCUAUGCCCGAGCUGCAGAAUUUUCUGCGCAUCCUGGAGCGUGAGGAAAAGGAACACGUGAAGCAGAUCGUACAACGUUACGCCGCCGCUCGAGACCGUCUUCAGCAGGCUCUGGUCACCUCCAACCCUGGCUGAGUGGUUCUCUAAGCCCACGUUACUGAAGAACGGCCACCAGAGGGCCUGAGACUACACCGCGUCCGACCAUAGCCGCACCAGUAUGAUUACAGCGAGCGAGUGAGAGAGAGUGAAAGAGUGCGAACGAGUGUGCAAACGCGUGAACGCAACCAGAUGUGCGUACGUGAAAAGAAUGAGUCAUGGCUGAGAGCGAGCGAGAGAGAACUUAAAAAUGGACGAGUGAAAAUAGAACACCUUGUCACGAGUGGUGUGUGAAUGAAUGAGUGAGUGCAGAGUUCACUGGAGACUGCACCAAACUCUUCUGACUUUACUGCCUGUAAAGUUUCAAAUCUUAUUUUUCCUUCUAUUUUUUACUCUAUAGAAUUGUUACAUAUCUAACUUACCACAUUUUCUAGCUUGGGUAAGGAUUUACUAUUGGAGUUAACAAUCUCAGGGGCUUCGUUUCUAUUAAGUGGUGAAAAACACCAGGAAAUUUCCCAAUCUUUCAAGUUUAAGGGUUAAAAGUUAAAUAUAUUUAUCAAUAUUUCACAAAUUCAAUAACCUUAACCAACUACAUUAUUACUGUCUAGUAUUUGGGGGUUUUGUUUGGCUCAAUUGGCUUUGGGAGCAUUUUAGAAUUUGGGAGACCAUCUAUAACCUUUGUCUUACUUUCUCUUUUUUACAUACACAGCAAUUCUUUUAUGCUUUAAAUGUCAUGUAUAUGUUGUUGGUCAGCUUUUUUUCUCAUUUUCCUCUGUGCACUUCAUGUCAUACUUACUGGGGAACAAUAAAAUUCAUAUUUUCUUA